CCCAACCUAUCAAGCUCUGUCGCUCCCCAAUCCCCAUAAAUUCCUCCCACUCUUUCUCGAACCCAAAGCAAAUUCUCCAUUUUUCACUCUUACACCGUCCUGUUCCUCCGGCAACCACACGAACGACUCUCUCCGCCGCCAUGGAUCAACUCGGCCCCCACUCAGCAAAUAACAGCCCCCUCUCUCCUCUAGGCUUCAUCGAACGCACCGCGAUCGUUCAUGGCGACCGCCCCUCCGUCGUCUACAACCAGAAGGUCUACACCUGGUCGGAAACCUACCGCCGUUGCCUCCGCCUCGCCUCCGCCCUCUCCUCCCAUCUCCGCAUCUCCCCCGGUGACGUGGUCUCCGUUAUCUCCCCUAACAUUCCCGCCAUGUACGAGAUGCACUUCGGCGUGCCGAUGAGCGGGGCAGUUCUUAACACCAUCAACACCCGACUCGACUCGAGGACGAUCUCCGUCCUCCUCCGCCACUCUGGAUCCCGUCUCCUCUUCGUGGACAUCCUUUCUCUUCCUCUGGCCCGCUCCGCCUUCGAGCUCCUCCCUGCCGAUCAUCGCCCCCCUCUCCUCAUCCCCAUCGAAGAUCCCUACGAAGAUGACAGUGAUCUCACCGGCUUCGACCUCACCUACGAAAAGGUCUUAGGUCUCGGAGACCCGGAUUUCCGGUGGAUUCGGCCGACGAGCGAAUGGUCUCCGAUGAUCCUGAACUACACGUCCGGCACGACAUCUGCGCCGAAAGGCGUCGUUCAUUGCCAUCGCGGUAUCUUCCUCGUCUCCACGGACUCUCUCAUAGACUGGUGCGUCCCGCAUCACCCGGUUUUCCUAUGGACCCUGCCGAUGUUCCACGCCAAUGGCUGGUGUUUCCCGUGGGGCGUCGCCGCGGUCGCCGGCACAAACGUCUGCCUCCGUCGAUUCGAUGGCCCAGCUGUCUUCGCCGCCAUCGCCAACAAUCGCGUCACCCACCUCUGCGGCGCCCCGGUGGUCCUAAACAUGCUGGCAAAUUCUCCACCCACCGCCAGCCGCAGCCUCCACGGAACCGUGCAAAUCCUGACCGCCGGCGCGCCGCCUCCCGCUGCAGUCCUCGCCCGCGUCGAAUCCCUCGGAUUCGCUGUAAGCCACGGCUAUGGCCUCACUGAAACCGCCGGGCUGGUGGUGUCCUGCGCCUGGAAGGGGUAUCAUUGGGACCGGUUGCCGGCAGGCGAGCGGGCGAGGAUGAAGGCAAGGCAGGGGGUGAGGACGCCGAUGAUGACGACGAUGGACGUCGUUGACGAAGCCAACGCUCGCAGCGUGCCGUGGGAUGGAUUGACGAUGGGGGAAGUUGUCCUGCGCGGCGGGCAUGUGAUGUUGGGGUAUUUGAAGGACAAAGAGGCGACGGCGAAGGCAAUUAAGGAUGGAUGGUUCUACACCGGCGAUGUCGGUGUGAUGCACCCCGACGGGUAUUUGGAGAUUAAAGACAGAUCUAAGGAUGUGAUCAUCAGUGGCGGAGAGAACAUCAGCAGCGUGGAGGUAGAAUCCGUAAUGUACGGGCAUCCUGCUGUGAACGAGGCGGCGGUGGUGGCGCGGCCGGAUGAGUAUUGGGGAGAGACGCCGUGCGCGUUUGUUGGGUUAAAGGAAGGAUUAGUCGGGCCGCCUCCGACGGAGGCGGAGGUGAUUGCUUGGUGCAGGGAGAAGAUGCCGCACUAUAUGGUGCCCAAGACGGUGGUUUUUCAGCCGGAGUUGCCCAAGACGUCGACGGGUAAGAUACAGAAGUAUGUUCUUAGGAAUAUGGCGAAGAAACUUGGACCGCUCGCCGGCGGCGGUGGAAAACGCGGUAGUCCGACUACUCAGGCGAGUAAGUUGUGAACUUUGGGUGGGCUCAUCGGAUAUUUUCGCUUGUGGUAUUCUGAACUCUGUUUACCUCUACUCAAUAAUUUUGGUAUCUAUUAGUGUUAAUUGAUGGAAUUUAACUCGUUUGGGAUGACUUUUUUGCUGCUUCUUAAAGCAAUUUUUUAGUAUAAAAAUUAAAAUUUUGUGCUAAAAAACUAUUUUAAGAAACAGUAAAGAAGCGAUCCCAAACAAAGCCUAAAUCUUACUGCAUACGAAUUUGGAUAGCUUCUGUGGCUUGUAUUUGAUGAAAUGCUGCCCCUAUUGCGGUCGAUUUUUUAUGAGGCGAUUUGUAAGUUGAAUUUGAAAUAUUAAGGUGUAGUGUAUUUGAAAUA